CGAUGUCAGAAUCUUUCGCCUGCGAAGCUCAAAUCCAUUAAAAUAAUCCCAAGAUUUGAGAUCUCCUCGACACAGCAAGAUUUGGUCUCGUUUUCAAUCCUCAAAAGCGAGAUAGAGGGUGAGAGAGAGAGAGAGAGAGAAAGAGAGAGAUAGCCCAUCGAUUGAGAGACGACCAGGCAACGCAUUUCCUCUCCCUUUCUGCCACAAAAGCAAACGCAAAUUCCACAGUGACUGUAGAGAGACAGAGAGAGAGAGAGAGAGAGAAGGUGAGACGCUGAGCAGAACGGAAUAGGAUCCAUUUCGUUUUCUUUGCCUCUCUUGGGUCAAGCGGAAAAGCAAAGAAGCUGGAAACUUGCAUCUUUCUAUCAGCUCCAUCAUAACCAGCUGAAUUCCCAUCCUACGAAGAAGAGCCGGUGAUGGACGGGGGCGACGUCGUCUCGUGGCGGAGGAGGGCGCACGGCAACGGCGCCUUCGAUUCGCUUCGGCCCUCUGAGCCCGGAGAGGCUCACGUCCUGGCCGUCGAUGACAGCCUCGUCGACCGGAAAGUCAUCGAGCGGUUGCUCAGAAUCUCUUCCUUCAAAGUGACUACUGUGGAAAGUGGAAGCAGAGCUCUGCAGGUUCUGGGUCUGGACGAUGACAAAAGCUCCGGUCAUGUCAAUGGGUUGAACUUGAAGGUGGAUUUGAUCAUCACGGACUAUUGCAUGCCUGGAAUGAGUGGAUAUGAUUUGCUCAAAAGAAUUAAGGAAUCGUCUGCUUUGAGAGAGAUACCCGUUGUGAUCAUGUCAUCCGAGAAGGUCCUGGCGCGUAUUGACAGGUGCUUGGAGGAAGGAGCGGAGGAGUUCAUCGUGAAGCCCGUGAAGCUGUCGGACGUGAAGCGGUUGAAGGCGUACAUGAGGAGAGAUUCCGGAGAGAGAAACGAAACCGAAACCGAAAACAGAGCGAACGUGAAUCCAAAGAGAAAGCUGCGAGAGGAGGACCCCGACGAAGAUGAUUAUGCUGAUUCGGAUCUCUCGGCUUCGUCGUUGUUGUCACCAUCGCCGCCGGCUAGCUCUGUCUCGUCGUCGCCGCCAUCGACUUCAUCAUCUUCCCCGCCGUCGACUUCAUCGUCUUCCCCGCCGUCACCGCCCUCCAGGGCUGCUGCUGCUGCUGGUUCUGCUUCUUCGGCCCCAUCUUCGGCAUCGUCCCCGGAUAAAAGAUGGCUGACGAUGAACGGCUGCUGCGAUUAGACGCCACAGGACGAGUGAUGCGAUUUUGUCUUUGAUUUCGAUGGGACUUAUCCUGUUUUCUCUUCUCCUUGAUUCAGGUUUUUUGCCCCUUUUUUCCUUCCUGCGAUUUACAGAACAGAGGAGUGUCUUUGGCCUUCCUUUGGGUAAAUGGAAGCUUGGAAGUACAUAGAUGGAAAGGAAGAGUGAAAA